UGCUAGAAGCUGAUUGCAGGCAGUAUGUAGGCAUCUUUCGUUCAGAAUGGACGUUAAUAUAUUCAGAGAAGAAAGCUUUUAGAAAUGUAUCAUUGUCAAAAUUGGAUGGCUUUUAAAAGGGAUAGAGAUGCUGAAUGUUUUGUAUGUUAGCAUCGACUCUUUCUGUUCAGAGGCAAGUUUUCAGAAGCUUAAAUAUAGAGCUCUUUAAAAAAAAAAAGAAGAAAGAAGAAUUUUUCUGGUUAGUCGACCUCUUUUUAAGAAGUGCUUCAUCAUCCUCCUCCCCUCUGUGAUGUUUCUCUGCAGCUCUCUGUAGGUUAGGGUUCUGUGCUGGCUGGCAGAAUGCUCAUUUGUUAGCUGAACAGAGUUCAUCGACAGGCACAGAUCAUUAUAGGUUUUAUUUCUUUCCUGAGAAUUACAAAAAUGCCAUCCAAAGAGUCUUGGUCAGGUAGGAAAACUAAUAGAGCUGCAGCUCGCAAAUCAAAACAAGAGGGCCGUCAGCAAGAUUUAUUGAUAGCAGCCUUGGGAAUGAAACUGGGUUCUCAAAAGUCGUCUGUGACAAUCUGGCAACCUCUGAAACUCUUUGCUUAUUCGCAGUUGACAUCACUUGUUAGAAGAGCAACUCUGAAAGAAAAUGAACAAAUUCCAAAAUAUGAAAAGGUUCACAAUUUCAAGGUCCAUACGUUCAGAGGGCCACACUGGUGUGAGUACUGUGCCAACUUCAUGUGGGGUCUCAUUGCUCAGGGAGUGAAAUGUGCAGACUGUGGUUUGAAUGUUCAUAAGCAGUGUUCCAAGAUGGUCCCAAAUGACUGUAAGCCAGACUUGAAACAUGUCAAGAAGGUGUACAGUUGUGACCUCACAACACUUGUGAAAGCCCACAUCACGAAGCGGCCGAUGGUGGUGGACAUGUGUAUCAGGGAGAUUGAAUCUAGAGGUCUUAAUUCUGAAGGACUAUACAGAGUAUCAGGAUUUAGUGACCUCAUUGAAGAUGUCAAGAUGGCUUUUGACAGAGAUGGUGAGAAAGCAGAUAUCUCUGUGAAUAUAUACGAGGACAUCAACAUCAUCACUGGUGCGCUGAAACUCUACUUCAGGGACUUGCCAAUCCCCCUCAUCACCUACGACGCCUACCCGAAGUUUAUCGAGUCAGCCAAAAUGAUGGAUCCUGACGAGCAGCUAGAAACCCUGCAUGAAGCCCUGAAGCUGCUGCCGCCCGCGCACUGCGAAACCCUCCGGUACCUCAUGGCGCAUCUGAAGAGAGUGACCCUCCAUGAAAAGGAGAAUCUUAUGAAUGCAGAAAACCUUGGAAUUGUCUUUGGCCCAACCCUCAUGAGAUCCCCAGAACUAGACGCAAUGGCUGCACUCAACGAUAUACGGUAUCAGAGACUGGUGGUCGAGCUGCUUAUCAAAAAUGAAGACAUUUUAUUUUAAACUUUUAGUUUGAGGGAAGAAAGAAAUGUUUUACAGAUGAAGGAAUGUUUUAUAGUAAAUUAAUUGGCUCUUACAGCUGAAUUAUUUCUUGGUUAGGAGUUCGGGCAUAUAACCAGUUUAAAAUGAAGGAACUUUCCGUUGUUUUUGUAGCACCGCUCAGCUGUCCUUGUGAAACAGUGCACACACGCUUUCCAUUUCUAGUAACCCUGGGUGUUUAUCACGUUGAGAGAAACUCAGGCUAUUGCAUGAUUAGCCCCUUUGGCAAGGGAACCAUACAAAGGAGACAGCAGCCCUCGCCGCAUUCCGUCCUGGGUAGUCUGUGGUUGUCAUUCAGCAUGUUUCGCAGAGUGAAUCUGUCGUGACUUCGCUUGGGUUCUGUCACUGGUCUCUGACGCUUAUAUAAACAUGCACAUCGAGGGGCAGAACAGCACCUCUGGCCGCUGCACGCCGUAGACUAACAUAUGCCUACUUUUCUCCAAUGCUUUAUUUCUGGGUCUUAGUUCUUCUCUAACAUAGUACUUUCUUUCCAGCAAAAAAGCAAAAUGUUUUCAGAUUUGUUACUUUAGUAAAUGAUCCAUACCAAUAAAAAAAUACAACGCAGAGCAUUUUCUGUUAAAUUAUUAUUGGGUUUUAGUUGUAACUUUGUGUUUUUAUCUGGCAUGCGUUUAUUAAUUUAUUAAAUUUGGCUUUUAGAAAUUAAAAAUAGUGAUAGCUUGCUUUUUUUCCAUGAUUGAAAAUAGUCAGAAACAUGUGUUUGGCUAUUUAACACUGAGUAGUCCCUCU